CAAAAUCAUGGAAGGCAUUUGAGUAAUUGCGCACCUCGCAGCGCUUCCAGCCUUUUCAUUUUUCAGUGCAGAUAGCUACAUAUAUAUAUCCACUCGUCCGUUGAGACGAGAGCAUACUCGUAACGUCUUUUUCACAUUUCUGUCUUUCUCUCAUUCACGUUGUUGCCGGAUUAUACCUUUCCGAUGGCAGAGAAAAGCAAGAUUCUGGUGAUCGGAGGCACGGGGUACAUCGGUAAGUUCAUAGUGGAAGCAAGUGCAAAAGCCGGUCACCCUACGUUUGUUCUGGUUAGAGAAGCCACCCUCUCGAACCCUGCCAAAUCCAACACCGUCGACACUUUCAAAACCUUAGGAGUCAAUUUCCUUCACGGCGAUUUGUACGAUCAUGAGAGCUUGGUAAAGGCGAUAAAGCAGGUGGACGUGGUGAUAUCCACAGUUGGUCACGCCCAGCUAGUUGAUCAAGACAAGAUCAUCGCUGCCAUUAAAGAAGCUGGCAAUGUUAAGAGAUUUUUUCCUUCGGAAUUCGGGAAUGACGUGGACCGUGUGCAUGCGGUGGAGCCGGCGAAAACAGUCUUUGCUACCAAGGCUAAAAUCCGACGAGCCGUCGAAGCUCAAGGAAUACCCUACACCUACGUGUCGUCGAAUUUUUUCGCCGGAUAUUUCCUUCCCAGUUUGUCAAAACCUGCAGCACCCCCAAGAGAUGAAGUCAUCAUUUCAGGGGAUGGAAAUGCCAAAGCUGUUUUCAACAAGGAAGAUGAUAUAGGCACGUUUACUAUCAAAGCUGUGGAUGAUCCCAGAACCCUGAACAAAAUCCUCUACAUUAGACCCCCUCUCAACACGUAUUCAUUCAAUGAUCUUGUCUCCUUGUGGGAAAAGAAGAUUGGCAGAACCCUUGAGAGGAGCUAUGUUUCAGAAGAACAACUGCUGAAAAACAUUCAAGAAGCUGCCUUUCCGCUGAAUGUGGUAUUGUCAAUCGGACACUCUGUUUUCGUCAAAGGAGAUCACACCAACUUUGAAAUUGAACCUUCAUUUGGAGUUGAGGCUUCGGAGCUGUACCCGGAUGUCAAGUAUACUACCGUUGAAGAGUAUCUUGAUCAGUUUGUCUGAUCCUCCUGCAUUGACGUACAUCGUCGGAAUAAAAAAGUAGCUAGUGUUCCUUCUGCUUGUGCUAUGCUGGCAGACUAUGUAAGUUGGUAGCCAAGUUAGGAUGUGUGUUAGUGAGUGCUGGACUUACAGUUUGCUAAGAAUCAAACUUAAGAAAAUAAUCAACUGCGUGUGAAGGAAUUAUCUAUUGCCUUCGCAUCUACCUUCA